GCCGCUAGUUGUGUGGAACUAUAUACUAAAUUAAGUGAAUGUAAACAAACAAACAUUAUGUCCAAGAAUUCAAACAAUUUAAGAAGGUUCAGUGCCCAGGAGCAUCCUUCGGUAAAAGAAAUAAAUGACGACCCAAUCGAUUUAGACGAUGUUUUACCGAAAAUUGGUGAAUUUGGCGUAUACCAGAAGCUUCUAUUGUGGUUCGUGUGCCUGCCCGCUUGCCUUCCAUGUGGAUUUUGUGCUUUUAACCAGCUUUUUAUGACCGACACACCUGAUCACUGGUGCAAAGUACCGGAACUAUACAACAUGACGCAAGAUAAUCGUAAAAUGAUAUCUAUCCCACGUAAGGAAAAUGAUAAUACAACCUUUGAGAGUUGUGUACGAUACUCAGUGGAUUGGUCUGCGUUAUUAAGCACAGGCAAACCAAUAGAUGUAAAUGAAAGUUGGCCUGUUGAACCUUGUCUGGAUGGCUAUGAAUACGACAAAUCGGAAGUGAAAUCCUCCGUCGUGAUCGACUUUGAUUUAGUUUGCGAAUACGAUGUCUAUCCAACACUCGGCUUAGUUGCUCUAAAUGUCGGAGGACCUAUUGGGGUUUACUCUUUUGGACUUCUGAAUGAUCGGAUAGGGCGAAAGAAGUCCUUUUUCGCGUGUUUGACAACUUUACUGCUUGGAAGUAUGAUGACAGCAUAUGCACAUGAGUACUGGUUUUGGGUAUUGGCACGAAUAAUAGUCGGUUUAACCAUUCCAGCCGUUUAUCAAAUACCAUUUAUUAUAUCAUUAGAACUGGCAGGUCCUAAUUAUAGAUCGUUUGUUACUGUAAUGACCUGCAUAUUCUACACUUUGGGACUAAUUCUUUUGUCAGGUGUGACAUACUUUUUGCGCGAUUGGAGGUCGCUUGCACUAGCCACAUCGGUUCCGUUUUUCUUUUAUUAUCUCUACUGGUUCGUUUUACCGGAAUCUCCUCGAUGGCUGCUGAUGAGAGAAAGGUUAGAAGAAGCAAACACCAUACUAAAAACUAUCGCGAGGGUUAAUGGUAAAGAGUUACCCGAAGAGUUUACAGCAAAACUCCAGAAACAAGUUAUGGAACAAAAAGAACAUGGAUAUAAAGAGGCAAAAGCUCCCAGUGUGUUUGCUCUAUGUAGAACGCCUAACAUGAGACUAAAGACUAUUUUGAUAACUUUAAAUUGGUGUGCGUCUGAAAUGGUAUAUGUUGGCCUUAGUUACUAUGGGCCAGCUAUCGGGAGCAACCAAUAUAUGAGCUUUUUCCUCUCUUCCGCGGUAGAGAUUCCUAGCUACAUUGUUUGUUGGAUUCUUAUGGAUCGCGUUGGACGUCGGUGGCCUCUUUGCCUAUCAAUGGUCAUCAGUGGGAUUUUUUGUAUCGUCACUGUUCUCCUUCCGAGCGAUGCUGAAACGGAAACCUUAAUUCUAUACUUGAUAUCGAAAUGCUUCAUAUCAGCAUCAUUCUUGAUCAUUUACCCAUAUGCUGGAGAGUUGUACCCAACAGAACUACGAGGAAUAGGUAUCGGAACAUCAGCUUAUAUCGGCGGUCUGGGACUAAUAAUUAUACCAUUUAUCAAUUAUUUGGGAACUAGUAAUUUGGUGCUGCCACUUGUACUCAUGGGCGCUGUAUCGGUCGUUGGAGGGAUUACAGCCCUCCGAUUGCCGGAAACGCUACACUGUCCCCUACCCCAGACUGCCGAAGAGGGGGAGCAGUUUGGAAAAGACUGGACUUAUAAGGAUUGUUUAGCUUGCGGUGGCCAAAGGAGCGCAGUCCCAGAGUCAGAUUCUUACGAAAAUUUGGACCAAUUAGAAUUAACGCAAGCUCCAUCCAUAGAAGACGUGUUGCCAGAUAUGCAGCCCAUACGACGGAACUCAAUGCGGAAACUAGUUCGCCAAGCAAGCACUUUGGAAACCCAGAGAGACACCGACGGAAGUUUAAAGAUGACCUAUUGGUUUUAAGUUAUACUGUUUAAAAUAGUUAAUUACAUAAUCUAUUUUAUAUAUACGAG